ACAACGAUCAUCGAAAAGAUAUCUUUUUAAAUGUUGGGAAAAUGUCGUCAGAAUUGAACUAAAAUCGACGAUUUUACGAAUCUCGAGAACAGAUCUUACCAAAAAUACCGCGUCCUUGGGAGUCAUGAAAAAAAUCUACGAACAUGUAGUUUCCUCGGGAAGCUCUUGAAAGAUAAUAUAUAUGUACAAAUAUACAUAGGUAUCUUCUUUCCAUGCGAACUCUCCAUGUAGACCUUAGAUAAGCUUAGGCUUUUAGAAUUAGAAAAUCGGACGUGCUUCUUCGAACUCGUAACCUUCAAAAACAAACGUCCAACGUGAUGCGAUAUAGAUUCGAAAUAUAAUUUUAACCGCAGAUUGUCUUACGGCGCAAUCUUUGGCUAAGACGAUCGUUCGUCGUUUCAGUUCCGAUUCGUGCUGUCGAUCGUAUAGAAAUUUGUUUCUCUUUCUCCUUGUCUCUUUUCUUUUCUUCGUUUCUUUCUCUUCAAAAAGAAAGAAAGAAAAAAAAAUGUAUAGUCUAUAGAGUGUCUAAGAAAAUAAUCAACGUGAUAUGGACGUAAAUAUGUAAUAAAAAAGAAAAAAUAAAAAGAGAGGAAAUCUUGGUGGAUGUUUUGUUCCUUGUGGUAUGGGAUGUGGUAGGUCAAGGUUAGAUCUUCCAUCGAUCUUGAAAGACAACGAGGAUAAACCCAUAAGGAUCGAGAUUAAAUUCGGUACAAGUUCAAAAUCACCUGGGAAAACUUCUCCUGUUAGCGGUAUUGAGGGUGUACCAGGAAUGGCAUCAGCGGGGGUGGGAAGAACGAUGAAAGAGUAUGAAGAUCAGCUCGGUGCUUUGAAGAAAGAGAAUUUCAAUCUGAAAUUGCGAAUAUAUUUUCUCGAAGAACGUAUGGGCAUUACUUCCGCCGACGAGGGUGCGAUUAAAAAGAACAUCGAGUUAAAGGUCGAAAUCGAAUCGCUUAGGAAGGAGUUAGCUGAGAAGCAGGAACUUCUUAGCCAAGCGGCGAAGGCAUUUGAGUUGAUUGAGGAACAAAAGGAGGUCUCCUCGCGAAAUCAGGCACAAUAUGAGCAAUCGCUUGAGAAGGAACGUGAAAGGAUCGUGCAAUUGGAGAAAGAACUCGAGGAAUAUCGAGAAAGAGCAACUGACGCUUCAGUUUUUUACAAAGAAGCGUUUGGUGUUACACCAGAGAAAGCUUUAGAAAAUGAAGAAAAGCUUCAUCAAAUGGAAGAACUCGUUGCAUCCCUCGAGGCGGAGGUAAGACAAAUAAGUGCUAGCUUAGAAGAAGAACGUGAAUGGGCUCAAGAAUUGGAAAGCGAAAGGGAUCAAUUUAGAGAUCGUUUAGGGACAGAAAUACAAACGAGAGAAAAUCUGGCUACCGAAAGACUACGAGAUAUGGAUGAAUUAAGAGAACGAGUUAGAGAAUUGGAGGAUCAAGUUUUUAAAAAGGAUAGCAUCGUACAACAAUAUAAAAGUGAAAUAAGUGAAAAGGAGAGAGCGAUUAAGGAGAAAAAUACGUCACUGGAGGAAAAGUGUAGGGCGUACGAGGAAAUAUGUGCGGUUUCUGAUAGAAGGAAAAGACAGAUCGAUCAGUUGAGAAUGUCUGUAAAAGCAAGGGACGACGCUCUGACUGAUCUAAAUAAUAAACAUCGUGCUCUUUUAUCUCAGUUUGAAAACGGCUAUACAAAACGAUCACCGGUAAGCAGCCCCUCGACAGUAAGUCCAUUUAUAGAAUCCGUGUCGCCAAGGAUGGCACAAAAACUAACUUGUCUGCAGGGUUCAACGAAUAACGACAGCGCUGUGUUUGGACGGGAAACGAACAAGGAAAGAUUCAUCAAAGUUAAGUCGCCUACAACAACCACGAUAACCAGUAUAGAUGAAACGGAAACUAAAGAGUUGGCGAAGGAAUUGGAAGAAAAGGAUCAAGAGUUGAAGCGACAGGAGGAAGAAAAGAAACAGUUGAUAUUGAAAUUAUGUAAUCUGCAGAAGCACGUAGAAACGACGGAUCAAGAUUUCAAAAAAAUGGAAGGCGAACAUCAGAAGGCGGUUAAGAUGAUUCAAGGGUUUAUGGGGAGGCAACAACAGAUGGAGGAUAAAAUAGCGAGGAAAGAACGGAAGAUAGCGGAAUUGGAAGCUAUACUGAACAGGUCAUCUGGACACGAGGAUGGAAAAGCAAUAAGAAGACGUGAUGGGUCUGCCAGAAAGGAUUACAAUGUUGAAAUUACAGACAAUCCAGAACGAGACGAUAGCAAUCAGCAACGGUUUGAGGAAAUGGAAGCCAAAAUAAACGACCUGCGAGAUCAGAUAGAGACAAUCAAGGCGGAGAAACAUCGUCUGGAAAAGCAAAUACAGGUCGAAUCAGAGGAGUUACAGGAACGACUCAACGACAAAGAUCAACGAAUAGAAUCUUUAGAAAUAGAAAAGAAUACGAUGAAGGAAGAAUUGCAAGAUAAGAUCAUCGAACUCGACAAGUUGAAAGAAACUAUCGUGGAAACUCCGACUAACGAAUUCUUCGAAUCUUCGGAGCAACAGAAAUUGAUUCGAGAACUUCAUUCGCGUAACACAGAGAUCGUUGAGAAGAAUCAGAAGAUCGAACAACUGACCAAAGAGUUGCAAGUGAAGACACAAAAUCUUCAAAAGUUGGUGAAUACCGAGUUAUGGAGUAAAAACAAAGAAAUCGCUAAAUUGCAUAAUCACAUGACCGCAAGCAAUCAAUUGGAUAGAAGCCGAAGUAAAACUGAUAUUCCUCAGGAAAGUGCUAGUACACAUUUGACAACUCUUAUCAAGGAAUUAAAUGAGAUUGGCAUUAAAGUAUCCUUUACCAAUGAAGUCAUUCAAUUGAAUUACGUAAAUGGAAACGAGUCGAUAGACGUUAAAACGAUGAUCGAGUACGUUCAGAAAUUAGUAGAAAAGAAGAACGAAUUGGAAAAAGAAGUGGAUUACCUUAAUUGGUUGAAACUGGUCACAAAGCCUGACAUUGCUGCAGAAAUUGAUGGAUGUGAGAAUGAAAGUGAGAGAACGAGAAGAUAUUGCGAAUUGUUACGCGCUCAUUUAAAGGAUCUCGUGAAAUUGAUGAAGGAUAUCCUUAAGAACGCGAAUCACGUUGAUGCGAUUAGUCGUGAACAUAAUAAAAUUGUAUUGGACGUACUCCUAAGUUCGAAUAUAUUUUCCGAUGAUUUUGCACAAGUUCUUGAAGGGAUGACCAAAAAUGUUAUGACGUUUGCUACUAAAAAAUCGAUCGAAAACAAUGAAAAAACCGAUAGUGCCGUGAAGAAGAGUUAUUCCGAAAAUAUUUUGGAUCUAGCUAAAAAUCAUACUACAACGCAAUCGGAUUCGGAAGCUUUCUCGGAACCUGAUAGAAUAGUAUCCAUGGCUAGGAUCGGUUUACAAGAAACUCAGCACAAAUCUACGAAUCGCUCUAGAUUUAGCAAACAUACGAAAACGUUCAGCGAUUCGGAGGAUUCGAUGGAUUAUAUACCAUAUCAUAAAACUUACCAAGAUGAUUUACACGAUCUGGAUGCGAAUCAUCAUAUACAGGAACUUAAGGAAACAAAUAAUCUUUUGUAUUCCGAAUUGAGCGCUCUGAGGAACGAUCUUACUACAAAAGUUUCCUAUGAUAUCAUAUUCGAUGAAAAGCUGGUACCGCUCAUUUUGAAGCUUGAGAAAUCGCAAAAAGUUUGCGAAAGAUUGCAAUCGUCGUUAGAAAAAAGAAUACACGAGUGUCAUGUUUUGAGAAGAGAGAGUAAACAGAACAGUAUACGUAAAGCACAACUGGAGAAGAAAAUAGUCGAUGUGGAGGGUAUGGUCGCUGAAAUGACUAAACAAAAAGCUGAACUCUUGCAGUAUAAAGAAAACACGGAGAAGAAGACAGCGGAGAUGUUAAUGGCUCUUAAAAGAGAAAACGACCGAUUGAGAUCAAAGAUCAGAACGAUGGAAGAAGACAACGAAACCGCCAAAGCGAAGAUAUCAGCCUUGACAAAAGAAUUGGAUCACCUUACUCUUUUGCACAGUCAAAUUCUCGUCGAAAAUACGAAGCUGACUAACGAGAAAUUAAGACUUGAACAAGAAGUACGAAAAACGGAUAACAGAUACGAUAUGGCUGUUCGUUUAAUGCAAGAUAAAUUUAAUAAAGAGAUCUCAGAUUUGAAUCAAAUGAAUGAUUCCCAUAGAGCAAGAGUGGAAGAACUCGAAACUACUAAUAAGGAACUUCGAAGACACGUUGCUGUUUGUGAAGCUAGCGAUUCGGCACCAAGUUCGAGUGGUGUUUCUUCUAUACCAACAGAUACCACGUUGAAACAGACAUGCGAAGAUAUUAUUCAAGAAUAUCAAACCUAUAAUCCUUCGCAAUAUUGGCAACCAAUAAAUUACCAAACUCUUGGUGGACGGAGUAAAUCUAGUUGUUCACCUGAUUUGGGCAUUGAGAGUGAUGCAGCAGUUACCACAGUAAGACCACUACAAGAUACUUUGAAGAUUACCGAAUCAAUGACUAACUUACUCAGCGAUGAUGACAACGGUAAUAGAAAUACUGCUGCUCGAGAGGUAGACAGCGAUAGUCCAUUGCCAAUCGAAGCAAUUUUAGCUGGACAUAAAUAUAGUCUUGACGAAAUAGAAGCACUCAAGCAAGAAAAUGAAAUGUUAAAACGAAGGUUAAUGAAAACGAGAAGAGCUCUCGAAGAUACGUUUCAACACUUAUCGACUUCGAAUAAGAACAAAAAGAAUGUUGAAAAGGCAAUCACUAAGCAACUGAUGAUUACUAAAAGUAUAUUAAAGAAAACGAGAACGUACGAUGAACCAUUGGAGAACUAAAGAAAAAUAAAUAUGAAAACCAAAACAAAUUUAAUAUGUCUGUAGAAGAGAACGCAGAUACGAAAUGGAUAAGGUUUUACUUAACCGAUUUGCGUUAAUCUUCAUAUUGUCUGCAUACAUCGUCCAGUUUUUAUUAUUACCUAUUUUUUAAUCCAACUGCUAUACUAUUCUACAGACUGUUAUUACUUUUUUUAACGAAACAUUUCGAAGUGACACGUAUAAUGUUACGAAUAUUAAUAACAGCAAUAUUCUAUCAUUGUAAUUUUUGUAAAACACAAAAAAAAGAAAUAUUUUCUUACUACAACGAAAUGUUUUCGAAAGGAAACGAGAAUGAAAUCAUUUUUGUGCUUUUUAAAAUACGCGACUGUAUAAUACGAUAUUUGUAUAUACUUAUGCAGAAAGAUUGCACGCAAAAUAUUGUAUAAAUUCUUUUUGAUUUAUACAUGUAUUAGUGACAGUUCUUUCCUUUUUUUUUCCGCUACAGAAUAAGUUCUUCGUCAGGAACUUAUUCUUCAAUUAAUUAUUUUAUCUAUUACAUGGAAUCACACUCGCGAGUUUAAAGGUGUGUAUCAUUAUAUGGCAUCUGUAUAUAGUCUUCAUAAAUAAAGUGCCAUUGAUAUUUGCGGUUUGAAA